AUGUCACUCGCGCAGCAGUCGUGUGAGCUAGGUGGUCCUCUCAGCACCUCCGCCGCCACGACCACUACCAACCAUGACCACGCCAUCGAGCUUGAAGAGAUCAACUUGGAAAACGCUUACGAGGAUGACCUCCUUGCGGGAGCCGAAGGCUUCCCCCUUGAUGGCGGGUAUGGCUGGGUCGUCGCCGUCUGCGUCUUUGUCGCCAAUGCGCACACGUGGGGGAUCAAUGCAUCAUGGGGUGUGCUGCUCAACCACUUCCUCACCAAUGAUAGCUUUCCUGGGGCGAGCAAGUUUCUCUAUGCCCUCAUUGGCGGCUUGUCCAUUUCGCAAUCUCUCAUCAUUGCCCCAGUGGCUGUGGCGGCCCAUGCCCGCUUUGGCCCUCGAGUGACGAUGCUCGCCGGCGCUCUCUUCAUCUUUGCGGCACUCUGUGCGGCAGGGUCAUCGACGCAGAUCUGGCAGCUGAUCCUGACACAGGGUUUCGUCUUUGGCUGGGGUAUGGGCUUCAUCUACCUGCCGGCCAUGGAAGUACUCCCUCACUGGUUCUCUCGACAUCGCAGCCUGGCAGUCGGUCUAGCGGCGUCCGGCGCAGGUCUCGGUGGCCUCGCAUACAGUCUGCUCACAGGACAACUGCUACAAAGAUAUGAUGUUGUCUGGACGUACCGCAUCCUCAGCUUCGUCUCUCUCGUCAUGAACCUGGCAUCUGUCGCCUUCCUGCGCCAACAUCCCCUCUGCCGCCAGCGCCGCCGCGGCAGCGGCGACGGCAUUACAGGUAAAAGCCAGCACCAGGCCCUGAACCCUCGCCACUUUGGCCGUGUCGAGAUCCUGCUCGUUGUGCUCUGGGGCUUCGUCACCGAACUCGGCUACAUCACGCUUCUCUACUCGCUCCCGACCUACGCGACGUCGAUCGGCCUAGAUCCGGUCCAGGGCUCCGUCGCACAAGCUCUGCUCAACCUCGGCUCUGCGGUCGGUCGCCCGAUAGUAGGGUACUACAGCGACCGGGUCGGGCGGAUCAACAUCGCCCUCGCCGCCACUUUCGCCUGCGCGCUCUUCGUGUUUGCCCUGUGGCUGCCCGCGCACAGCUACGGCGCGCUGCUCGCCUUUUCCUUGCUCGUGGGGACCGUGUGCGGCACCUUCUGGAGCUCGAUAUCCCCCGUCCUGGCCGAGGUCGUCGGGCUCGUCGAGCUGGGCGGCGUCAUGGGCAGCAUCUGCUUCGCGCUCGUGCUGCCCACCACCUUCGCCGAGGCCAUUGCCAUCCAGCUCGUGGACGGCGGCGGCGGCUUCGGGGCGUUCCUGAACGGCCAGGUGUUUGUCGGGUGCAUGUUCCUCGCCGGCGCGCUGAGCCUGCUCGGCCUGAGGACAUGGAAGAUUGCCGACAAGGAAGGCAGUAGACCCGGUAACGCCGGUGCAGCGCGCGGUCUGAGCGGCCACGGGCGGUUCUGGCUCACCCCUAGACGGGCGUUUCGGCUUGAGAGAGUCUGA